AUGAAGAUGUGGAAACGAUUCUUUGCCGAGAGAAGAGGCGUUCAUACGGGGAAGAAUAUUCGGUCAACCCUCGCCGCUGCUGGUGUCACCAGUCAAGCCACCAGUCUCUUCCUAUCGUGGAUGGAGAUGUCCACGGCCCCUGACUCGGGCGAAUUGGGGUUCCACGAGUUCUGCAUAAUUAUGAUCGCAUUGCGGGUGGCCAUGAACAGUGUGAUUAACGAGGAGGAGUUUUCUGCUACUAUACGUAGGGCAUUGGCUUCCCGAACUAUAGAGGACUCCGCAUCUGCAAGUGAGACCGUGCUUACUCCUGAGGAUGUCCGUGACCUUCUCGAAGAAUUCAAAGUGGUCCAUCCUCGAGAGCACGUCAUUGCUAGGCAUAAGACGAAUGUUAGCAGUGGCAGGCGGCUCUUAGAAGUGAAAGACCGUAGUGGUCAUGAUGUCCAUUCCCCUCUAGCAGAAGCUGUCAUGUUGGUCACAGCUAUAGAAAACGAUAAUGUCUAUGUUCGGGAUGAUCUGACUCGCGAGCAAGAGAACGUUCAUAUUACUCUGUUGGAGUUCGUGAGAUAUUUUAUCGAACUUGACAUUUACCAAUCUCAUGAUCCUAAGUAG